AUGGUGGCCUCGACGACGUCCUAUCGCUGCCUCGCGUGCGCGUGCGACGUCCCGUCGGCUGAGCGAUCGAUGCACGAGCGAGGGAGAGAACACGCGAAUAAUUCAAUCCGACGUGGGAACUCGCACGAUUGGUGCGACGUGUGCGCGUGCCGCGUCCACGCGACCGUGCGAUUCACGCACGAGCGAGGGAAGAAGCACGUGAAAAACGUGGAGAAAAUGGAAUCGGGUCGCCCGUAUCGGUGCGACGUGUGCGCGUGCGACGUCCCGGGAGACAGGCUGGAGCACGAGCGCGGGACCGAGCACAGGGCGAACGCGCUUCGAGCGGCGCAGGCGUCGGCGGAGAGGAGUGAGUCGUGGCGCGCAUCGCUUAGUCCGAGCUCGAUUACGAUGGAUGCGUCGACGAAGGUUGCGCUCGUGCUCAAGGGGGUGCCUCACGGGGAGAGUCAACACGUCUUCGUUGACGCGCUCCCGGGCGACGGGAGGGCGAGAACGAUGAUGCACUCGCUCUCGCGGGACGUGAUAGUUGACGUCGGCGUAGAUGGGACGAUCGUCUUCGAGAACACGAUACGAUUUCGAGACGGUUGGUACAAAGAUCUCCCGGACGGUGUCUACGGGCUCAGAGUCCUGCUGCUGUACGGAGCGUUAGACGACGACGAGAGCAAUCAUAGAAGCGUGAUGAUGACACUGAGCGUCCACGUGCAGAGUUGCGACGAGACUCGGAAAAUUGAGAGGAAAAUACUCGAGCCGACGCGCCCGUAUGCACACGCUCGGGUGAAAUUAGGUACUCCAGAUCCAGAAAUGGUCAUCAAACCGCCGCCAUCUCGAGCCGUGCAGUCAGCCGCGACAAAGUUCACGUGGCCUAAGCCGCUCAGUAAACCGGAUAACCACGUUCGCGCGGCCGUCAAAGGGAUCGACCCCGCUUCGAAAGAUCUGGUCGAGCUCAUCGAUGACGCCCGUAAACAUCUGUCGAAAACGAACUACUCCCAAUUUUUUCGUACACUUCUGAUGAUGGAAGAGAUACAAAUGGACACGAACAUGCGGGUCUACGACAUGGAGAACGUCCUUCUCGAGCCGUGCAAGGGAAAAUCAAAGUCGACAUUCCUGCUACGUGGGGAUCGGAUUUUAGUCACGAUGAAGACUACCGAGAACGUUUUCCGAGGUGAGGUUGACUUUGUGGAGGCAGAACACUGCGUGGUACGAUUCGCCAACGACAUCACAAAGCACGCUAUGCAAGGCACAGCGGUAAAUGUGCGAUUUGAACUUGCUCGCUCCGCAAUCGAGCUUCUGCAUGGUGCCAUCAGAGAGUCGUUACGGCGUCCUUCGUACGAAUCUUUCCUGCUUCCGUCCACACUUCCAAGUCACUCGCUUCCAACCGGUGACGAAGAUCGCGGAUCGAUCCAAGGAACGAAUGGAGUCACUGAAGCGAAAAUCUUGAAUCGUCACCUCAACGAUGAGCAACAACUCGCAGUGAGGUCUGCGCUGGCCAUGCGGACGAACGCUCCUUUCAUAAUCUUUGGUCCGCCUGGUACCGGGAAAACGACCACGGUGGUCGAGAUCGCGGCUCAGAUGUAUCGAGCGGGCGAGCGCGUCUUAAUUAUGGCACCGAGUAAUGCCGCGUGCGAUUUGUUCAUGUCCCGAGUUAUCAACGAGGGCGGUGUCCCAAAGAGCGCUGCCUAUAGGGUGUACAAUUUCACUCGAGCGCUUGAAUCAGUGCCUGCUUCACUGUUAGACAUAUCAAACUACGACAAGAACGAGAAGAACUUCACCUCUCCUACGGUCAAACGCUUGUCUGAGGCAAAGAUUGUGGCGAUGACGCCGCUGUGCGCUCAACGAUUGACGAGGGUGUACCGAGACGUCGUCAGUUACGGCGAAGGAGGGAAAAAAAAGGAGUACGUGCUCUCUCCUGAAAAUAGGUUCCGAAACGUCAUCGUGGACGAAGCUGGGCACGCUUCUGAGCCGGAGAUACUGGCUGCCAUUGUAAACGUGUUGGAUCCCGCCCAUGGUCGGCUCAUUCUCGCGGGCGACGCCAGACAGCUCGGCCCACUCGUGCAAUGCAACAAGGCGAAGGCGUUAGAAAUCAGCAUGCUUGAAAGACUCUGUCUACCGCCUGCAGAGUAUGCGCAAACACCGUACAGCGUUCGCGAAGACGGUACUUUCGAACCGAGUCGAGUGUGUAUGCUGACGAAGAACUACCGCUCUCACGCGAGCAUCAUCGAGAUUGUGUCGAAACGCUUUUACUUUGGCAAACUGUCGACGCAUGCCGAAGUGACUCGCACGCACACGUUCAAGGGAUGGGACGAGCUACCGAAUCCAACAUUUCCCGUUGUUUUUCACGGGGUCUCGGGCGAAGAAAUGCGCGAGGCGUCGUCACCGUCGUUUUUCAAUCCAGACGAAAUAUUGGUUGCCGGCGACUGGAUUUCCAAGAUUCUUGCACAUCGAGGCACCGGAGUCACCGAACGAGACAUCGCCGUCGUUACGCCUUACCACCGGCAAAAAUUGAAGAUGAAGAAACAUUUAGAGGGGAAAAACAUAUCCGGAGUCACCGUGGGUUCGACCGAAUUGCUGCAAGGACAAGAGUUUAGCGUGGUCGUCAUCACGUGCACUCGUUCGGACGUGUCUCAUUUGUCUUUUGACAUCCACCAUCGACUUGGGUUCAUGGCGAAUCCGAAGCGGUACAACGUCGCCAUUACGCGUGCGAAAUCACUCUUGAUCGUCAUUGGGAAUCCGUUUCUACUCGCGCACUGCGAGGAAUGGCGCGCUUUGAUCGACUAUUGUAGAAUGAACGACUCUUACACUGGGAUCGACUUCAAUGGAAAGCCGAGCGACGACUACUUAGGCAGUGACGAAGCCAUCGCGGAUGUUCUUGACGAAGUCGAUCGCGUUCGAGCCGAACGCGACGAGGAUGCGUCGUACGAACGCAUCGAUCCUCGCGAUCACGAUUAG